AUGGAACCGCCAAUAAUGAAUUAUAGUGGUGGACCUGGCAUGUAUCCACCUACAAUACUUCCAUCCAUGCCUCCUUCUAUGCUACCACCUCCAAUGCCGUAUCCAAAUCAAGGUCCAAUGUCAGUAGGACCAUCGUAUUAUGAACCACCAUAUUCGUCACGUCCACGUCGUCGUCCAACAAUACGUGUUUGUCGUCGACCACGUCGUUCACGACGUUGCCGUCCUACUAUACGUGUUAUUGAAUCAAGAUCAAGUUCAUGUUCAUCAUUAUCAUCAUAUACAACGGUAAGUUCAUGUUCACCACGUCGUCAUCGAUCACGUUCUUGUUCACGACGAUGUGGAGGAUCACGACCACAACAACAACAACAACAACAACAACAGCAACCGAUUAUCCUUCUACCUAUGCCAUGUCAACAACAAGCACAAGUGGCAGCAGCACCAGCACCAGUUCAACUUCCCGUACAAAAUCAAAUUCAACAACAACCGCAACAAAUCAUUUUACCACCUAUACGUAUUCAACAGCAAGGACAAUACGAUCAACUACAACAGCAACAAAUACAAUUACCACAGAUGGCAAUUUCACAAGGAGGUGGACAAUUUCAACAACAACCUUUUACUUUACCACCUAUACAGCUUGCUGCAUCUAAUUUUGUUCAAAGUGCAAAUUCAAGUCCAAUGAUGGUUUCCAGUGGUCAACCAAUGAUACAACCAUCAUUAUCAUUGCCACAAAUUGCGACCAUUACACAACAACCACAACAACUACAACAAAUGCAAGGAGGAGGAACAGUUCAAUACAUACAAGCAGUACCACAAUCAACAUCAUCACAAUUACAAUAUGUAUCAGCUCAACCACGUUCGACUAUCGCACCACAACGUGUUCUAGUAAACAGUACAAAUAAAAAAGAUUCAUCAUCAAUUAAACAACUUCCAAGAUCCAAUUCAACACGUGAUAUACCUCAAAAUGAUCUUAAAUUUGGUCGACGUCCAUUUGACUGGUAUGGUAGUGAGAGAAAGAAGAAUAUUGUUAAUGAAAAUCUUCAAGUUGGACGACGAAGAAGUGUUAUUAAUAAUUAA